AUGUUUGAGGCCAAACUAGCGAACGCUGCUCUUCUUAAGAAGAUCAUCGAAGCGAUCAAGGAUCUAGUGACAGAUGCUCCCUUUGACUGUUCCGAAUCAGCCAUGUGUCUACAAGCUAUGGACUCCUCUCAUGUAGCGCUCGUUUCGCUCAAACUUGAGGUAAGAAGUUUGUGUUUCUUCUACCGGAAAGAAGGAAGAAGGAAAAUAAAGGAAAAUCAUCGUGAAUCAUUACAAUAAUG